CAGGAAAGAGAGAGUUCUCUUCUUCCCAUCAAAGCCUUCAUACAUGGCUUCCAUGAAACCUCUCAAGUCAACCUUCCUCCUCAUCUCCACCCUCCUCCUAUCCCUCCACCUCUCCCAAACCACCGCCGACGAAGACCAAAUCAGCACCGUGGAUUUGCACUCGAGAGGCUUAAUCCUAGUAAAAAUCUACUGCCUCAUAAUCCUCUUCACAACCACAUUCGCCGGCGGAGUCUCCCCGUACUUCUGCCGGUGGAACGAGAGCUUCCUCCUGCUCGGCACCCAGUUCGCCGGCGGCGUGUUCCUGGGUACUUCGCUCAUGCACUUCUUGAGCGACUCGGUUCAAACCUUCGGUGAUUUGACCACCAAAUCGUACCCUUUCUCGUACAUGUUGGCCGCGGCGGGGUACCUCCUCACCAUGUUUGGUGAUUGUGUUGUGGUUCUUGUUACGACGAGGGGCGGUGAGAAGGAGGCGAAGGUGGAGGUGGAAGGCGGAGGGGGGAGAGAUGUGGAGGCGGAGGAAGAUUCACACCACCGGCCGGUUUUCGGGGCGACCACGUCGUUAGGGGACGCUAUACUUCUUAUUCUUGCUUUGUGCUUUCAUUCUGUUUUUGAGGGUAUUGCUGUUGGAGUAGCAGCUACCAAGGGAGAGGCAUGGAAAAACCUGUGGACUAUCUCCCUGCACAAGAUAUUUGCAGCCAUUUCGAUGGGGAUAGCACUGCUGAGAAUGUUACCAAAGAGGCCAUUCCUGACGACCGCAGCGUAUUCUUUUGCCUUUGCCAUUUCCAGCCCUCUUGGAGUGGGUAUAGGCAUAGCCAUUGAUGCAACGACACAAGGACCUGGAGCUGAUUGGACCUAUGCCAUCUCCAUGGGCCUUGCCUGUGGUGUUUUCAUCUAUGUUGCCAUCAACCAUCUGAUUGCAAAAGGGUUCAAACCACAGGGUCCAUGUUAUUUUGACACCCCAUAUUUCAAGUUUAUUGCAGUGUUUCUUGGUGUGGGGAUUAUAGCCGUCGUGAUGACCUGGGAUACCUAGCAAAAAUACUCCGGCCGAUUUGAAUUGCAUUUGGAAAACACGGAUUCAUAGGCCGAUUUGGUUUCAUUUGAAUUGCAUUUGAAAUUGAGAUUUUGUUUUUUGUGUGUACGUAUUUGGUGUAACAGACAAAGUUUACUUACGGGACACGACGAUUUGGCACUGCAUGAUUGUCAACUGGAUAGAUAAAUGUUUUGCAAUCGCCAAUCAUGGAUUGUCCAAUCAACAUGUUGUGCAAAUUGUUGAAUACAUUGUUGUGUCAGUGGACUUGCUCGGUGAAAUAUGCUGUCAACGAUUGUGAAACAGAAUAAGAUUGUGCAGAAGUACGUGUGUCAAA